AUGCCGUCGUCUUCCUCCUCGCAGGAGGAUCGAGCACUUGCUAGAGCCCGGAAACGGAACCAGGUCUUUCCCCGCACCAGGACGGGCUGUCUGACAUGCCGGCAGCGGAAAAAGAAGUGUGACGAAACCAAGCCCCAAUGCCAGGCGUGUACGCGGAACGACCUGAACUGCUCAUGGCCACCCCACAUAGUGCGAAUAUUCGGUCUAGAUGACCAGAAAAUUGGCCAGGAUAGCUCUGUUGAAGGGCAAGCAUCAAGCUGGGAUGAUAUUACAGUGACACCAUCUGCAUCUUCCACUCACACAAGUCUCUUCAGCUCUCCCUCUUUAGUAGAGACUACGGAGGAUUCGGGCAACGAGGAUAAUGAAUGGACCGUCGCUUGGUCCUCUGGAAUCAAUGCAUUUCUGAGUCCAAAACGAGCCGGCAUGCUUCUGCCUGUCUCGCAAGCCUUACUUGCACAUUAUCUGGAGAAUACCGCUCCUCUGUUAUCCACUGCCCCAGCACAUGACGCGCCCUUCAUUUUCUGGGUUAUGCCUCUUGCCUAUAACGACGAUCUUCUAAUGCAUAGUGUUCUGGCAUUAAGUGGAGCCCAUCUAUCAUUCAGAUCGGAUGAGAACAUCGCCGUUCAGCAGGCAACCUAUCGCCAUUACUGCUUGGUAUUACGGACUCUUCGUCAAAUCUCAGACAAUGAGGUCUUGUUGAGUGACCCACAUGCCCUGCUUCGAGUAGUCCUAGCCUUGGUGAUUAUGUGUCACUAUGAGGUCCUCUCAGGCAAUAUAAGCGGAUCCCUUUUCACUCAUCUUCGAGCCAGUCGACAUCUUGUGCUAGCACUGCGAAGCAAACAGCAAGAAAUUAGAACCGAUUCUGAGCGAAGGCUAUAUGGGUUCAUCAUGGAAGUCUAUUCAUAUCUUGUUCUUUGCAAUAGUGUCACUCCAUUCGGCAUGAACCAGAAUCGAACUCUCGUUCACGAUUCUUUCCUCCAAUCGAUCGAUGACUUGAAACACUUCGGGGCCUUUGGGGUCAUGUUUGGUGGAGGCCAUGGUUUAUUCGAACUACUAUCUUUGGUAUCACUAUUUGCUGCUCAGCAAGACUCACUACCUCCCCCCAGCGAGCUUCCUAACUCUGAAAGAUUCAGUAUUUACAAGAGAUUGAAGAACAGCGUCGUCAAUUGGAAUCCUCCGGUGGUGGAAUCCGCCAAUUCCGACUGGCUGUCUCAACGGAGAGCAGCCUUAGAAGUAUGCCGGCACGCUUUGUUAAUUUUCUUGGAAACUGCUUUAUCUUUCUUCACAAAAGGUGAUAUGGAAAGAAUUGGUCAUAUACAAACACUCAUCGACGUGGCAAUCUCAUAUCUCCCCCAAAUCUUUCCCUCGAACUAUUCCUGCAUUUUGAUGUGGCCCCUCAUGAUAAUCGGAUCAUGUAUGGUGAACGAGGAGCAAAAAGAACUUCUGAAAUCUAUUCUCACUCAUAAUCACUACAUGAUGAGGAAUUCUGUCCAAGGAGGUCGACUACUAGAGCUGCUAUGGGAAGAUCGCGACGAAGCGGCGAUUGGGCCCUAUGGACUCGGUUUGAUAAUGAACAAGCACGGGUUCGACUACGGUGUAAUAUAG